UGAGGUGUGCAUUGGGACUCGAUGGCUCAAGAAACAGAGCUGCCAAUACCAGUAAUCAAAAGAGGCAUGAAAUGGAGGAGAAGGUGCAUACAAGUGGAGGGGGGAUUUCUGAAGAGGGAAGUAAGGACAAGAAAGAGGAGAUUCCCACACUACCUGCAGGGGAUUUUUUCACCAGUCCCACAGAGGAAAAAAACAUCAACAUUAAGCAAGAGGUCUGUGAAUGGGAAACUGUUUACCAACAGCAGCAGAGGCCCAGUGUUAAGGAGGAGGAUUGUGAAUGGGAGAUAACGGGCAUUAAAAAAGAGACUGACACACAACACUAUGAAAUUAUUAGCAGUGUCAAGAAAGAAGACCUUAAAUCCGAGCAGGACUUGCAGUAUAUCUGUGCAAAUGAAGAGGUGACUGGACUAGGUCUUACUCCAGAUAAGAACUUCUCCUUACAGGAUCAUUUGACACCUGUGAAGUCUGAAUCAUUACAGUCUGACAGGAAGGAAAUGGAAGAUGCAUCAGGUUCUGAACAGAACAUCUUACGGGAUCAUUUGACACAGGUGAAGUCAGAAUCAUUACAGUCUGACAGGAAGGAAAUGGAGGAUGCAUCAGGUUCUGAACAGAACAUCUUAUGGGAUCAUUUGACACAGGUGAAGUCAGAAUCAUUACAGUCUGACAGGAUGAAAAUGGAGGAAGCAUCUGAACAUUCCGAAGGAGAUUUACAACAGAGCAAUCGCUUGGCCCCGUCUCCAUCUUGUCGGUACACUCUUCGGCGUAGACCACAACAAAUACUGAGCAAUGAAAACCUGAAACUGUCAACAUCAGGACCAGAGGGUUCCAUACUGGCUUCUCUGCAGUACAGUUCCCUACCAAUUGUCAGAUUAAUGAGAAUCGAUGAGGUGAGCACUCGUCAGCAGGGGAAGAAUACAAAAUCAUCAAUGUCCGGUUUUUGUUUUGAUAGCAGAAAAAGUUUUAAAAGCAAAUCUAACGAUACAAAUAAUAUAAAGAAGCCAUUCAGCUGUUCUGAAUGUGGGAAGCGAUUCCACCAGAAUAGCCAUGUACUGAUUCAUGCGAGAGUUCAUACAGGAGAAAAACCAUACUCCUGUUCUGAAUGUGGCAAGAGGUUCUUUAACAGUAGCCAUCUUUACAACCACAAAAAAAUUCACUCUAGAGACAAGCAAUAUUGCUGUCUAGAAUGUGGUAAACAGUUUACCAUGAAAGGCCAGCUUCUUACCCACUCAAGAAUUCACACUGGAGAGAAGCCAUUUAGUUGUUCUGAAUGUGGCAAACAAUUCUCUCACAAUCACGGUCUACAAACACACAAAAGAUUUCACACUGGAGAGAAGCCAUUUUGUUGCCCAGAAUGUAACAAGAUAUUUGCUGACAGGAGUAGCUUAAGGACCCACUUAAGAAUUCACUCUGGGGACAAACCAUUUUGCUGUCCUGGAUGUGACAAACGAUUCUCUGACAGGAGCAGUCUUCAUAGCCAUACAAGACUUCACACUGGAGAGAAGCCAUUUUGCUGUGUGGAGUGUGGUAAACAAUUCACUCAUAGUAGCAAUCUCCAGGCACAUAUCAGAAGCCACACUGGGCAGAAGCCAUAUUGUUGUUCUGAAUGUGGUAAACGAUUCACCCAGAGUAGUGCUCUACGAACACAUGAAAGACUUCACACUGGAGAGAGGCCUUAUGGUUGUACUGAAUGUAGCAAACAAUUCCUAAGCAGCAGCACCCUUCGGACCCACUUAAGAGUUCACACUGGAGAGAAGCCAUAUUGUUGUCCCGAAUGUAACAGACAAUUUUCUCAUGGCAGUAGCUUUCGGCUCCACUUGAGAGUUCACAGUGGAGACAGACCAUUUUGCUGUUCUAAAUGUGACAAACGAUUUGUUACCAAGAGCUGUCUUCGUAGACAUGCAACAGUUCACACGGGAGAGAAAAGAUUUUCCUGUCCUGAAUGUGGCAAAAAAUUCACUGAUAGGCACAGCCUCAGGAAACACAAUAAAAGUCAUGCUGGAGAUAAGCUGCAAACUUAAUAAUACUCCAAACUCUCUCUCUUUAAUUUUAAAGCAAGAAGAGUAGAGUAUCUUCACAUGGAGGGCUCUGUCCUUUUAGAAGUUUCGCCUUAAUAAUGUACAGUGAAUAGAAUGAAUCAGUAGAAAACAUUUAUAUGCAAUACAACAUAGAAAACAUCAUGCUUAAAAGGUUGUCAAUGCCAACACCAAUGCAACAAGAAUAAUAAAUCUGAUAUUAGCUAUGCAACAUUUCAGCCAAAGAAAAUAUGUCUGAUGUGCUACCAGAUCUGGUUAAGAUUCUUACUGGCCCUGAUGCAAAGGAUGAAGUGAGUCGACCUAAAUGAACAGUGAGGAGAAGAUACAGUUUAGUGGACAAUUGGAGUAUAUUCUGAAUUCAAACCAUGAGGGCUUAUGCAAAAAUAAACUCUACUUGUGUUAAUGAUAGUAAUUCUCUAAGUAACGUAACUGAUGGGAAUUUAAGUUAAAAAAUCUUUGAACUGGUCUUGUAAAGAAAAAGAGUGAAUAGGACACCUUGGGUAAAAGCAGCACACAAAAAGAGGAGGACAAGAUACACAAAUUCUGAAAAGGUUAUAUGAUGGUGUGUGUGUGUGCAUUAGGGUUAGGAUUACUCGAUCGAUCUAUCAAUCAAACAUCUGAGAAUUGAAUUGAUCAAUUGCAUGCUGCAAAAAACACAGAUGUAAUUGUGGAUUAUGUGAUACAUAUCUAGAAAUAGAAGAGAGUGUAAAGAUCAAAAGAGACAAAGGAUUAGCAGUGAGUGCAUAUCUAUAAUAAAGAAAAUUCUCAGGAGCUCCAGAACCAAAUUCAGCCUAUCAGCCUGUGGAAAUCCUCGACUUCUCCACCAACUUUAGAGUUAACAGUUUGUCGAAGAAGAGAUUUACACAAACAGCAUGGAAGACAAGCAAGCUACUGUAUGGACAUUGACUGAUGGGAACUACGACUUUUUUAGAUCUUGGAAAAUCUUGUUAGCUUUAUUGUCUUUCUGGAUGAUCUCCAGCUAGAGCCCACCAGGUACAUUGUCUGUUUUUUAAAUGCAUACCUUUUGUACUAUUUUAUGAAUUCAUGGCUUCAUGCCUGAUGGAUUUUUAAUUUGAAAAUACUUUUUGUAAUGUUUGGUACCGUAAAGAAUGACCAAGAUAUUUUAUUAAAGGUACUCAGUAAA